AUGAAUAAUAUAGAAGAUAUUGCAAUGGGAGUAAUAUCGGGUAAUAAGGGAUUGAUGAAAGAAUUAAAAGAUAGAUUAGAAACAUUAUACAUUCCUCAACUUUUAAAACAAUCGGAUUGGGGAGAACUAAGUAAUUCAAGCAAUUUAGAUUCUAAAGAGGAAAUUAUGGAAUUUUUGGAAAAUGUUGACAAGUUUGUGCAGAAUGUCAGUGAAGCAAAAAUUGCUUUGGAAUCCAGUAUUAGAUUGGAAGCUCCAAAGAAGUUCUCAAAUUUUGAUUCAAAACCAAAAUCUUUCCUCAAACAAGCUUUGAACAGGGUUGAUAUAAUAUCUUCAUUUGAAGAGGCAGUCACAACGUGGAUGGGAGACAUUGAUGCCUUAUUGAAUGAAGUUACUGCAGUCAGAGAAGAAGACGAUGAAAGUGGUCCUGCUGCAGAGUUAGAAUAUUGGAAAUCGAGAAUGGCCAAAUUCAACAGUAUUACAGACCAAUUAAGAAAUAAGGUCUGCAAAACAGUUCUAAGUGUUUUAAAAGCUAAGAAAUCGGCAGUGUUAGCUGGGUGGAAAAACAUUGAUAUAAGAAUUACAGAUGCUGCUAACGAAGCAAAAGACAAUGUAAAAUACUUGUAUAUAUUGGAAAAAUUCAGUGAACCUCUCUACAAGAGUGAUCCAGUUCAAAUGAUUAACACUCUUCCAGCACUCAUUAAUGCUAUCAAAAUGAUGCAAAGUAUCGCAAGGUAUUACAACACUUCCGAACGAAUGACAGCACUUUUUGUUAAAAUAACAAAUCAAAUGAUUAUUUGUUGUAAAAAGUACAUUGUGAAGGAUGGUCGUUUGUGGGAACAAGACACAGAAAAAUUAAUAGAAAAAUUUAAAUCAUGCAUUGAUUUGAAUGAAGCCUACCAACACUUUUAUAGAAAAACUAAAAGCGAAUUACAAAUGAAUCCGUUUGGAAAACAAUUUGAUUUUAGUGAAAGUGCAAUUUUCGGAAAGUUUGACCAAUUUUGUUGGAGAAUUCAAAAAUUAAUUGAUUUAUUUACUACAUUUAAUCAAUUUUCAUAUCUUCAGAAAUGCACUAUUGAAGGUCUGGAUCCAAUAAUUAAACAAUUCAUCAAAAUAAUAACAGUGCUAAAGAGAAAGAAAUAUGACUUUUUGGAUUAUAGAAAAUCUGUAUUUGAUACUGAUUAUAUUGAAUUCAAUAAUGAUAUGACUAAAUUGGAAUUGGAGUUGGUGACCUUUAUUAAUAAUAGUUUUGCUGAAGCUAGGACAACUAAACACUGUUUGGAACUUCUUGAACAAUUCAGAAAAGUGCUAAAACAAGACAACUUACAAAGGAUUUUGGAGGAUAAAUUCCGAUCGAUAUUCAGCAACUAUUCUAGGGAUGUGGAACAUAUUAAAAAUGUUUAUGAGGAAACCAGCAGAAAACCAAAUAUUCCAAGAAACGCUCCUCCUGUUGCUGGUAAUAUUGCGUGGUCCAGACAGCUCAUGAGGAGGUUAGAAGAGCCUAUGGACUUAUUUAAACAAACUCCUGCAAUUUUGGAAUAUAAGGAUUCGAAGAAAACUAUCAAGCUUUACAACAAGAUUGGAAAAGCAUUACUGAGGUUUGAAGCAUUAUGGAUGGAAAAAUUCAAUGAUGCACUUGAAACUGCUAGAGAAGGUCUCUUGGCUACAGUUUUAGUAGAACAAAACAAUCAACUAUAUGUUAAUUUUGAUGGAGAUCUUAAAAUGUUAAUGACAGAAGUUAAAUAUCUUCAGCUUAUGGAUAUUGAAAUUCCUGAAACAGCAAUUUCUAUUUUCAACCAACAUGAGAGAUUGUUGACUCUUGCUGAAAGACUUAGAUUCAUGGUCAAGGAAUAUUAUCGAGUUAUUUCUCUUCAAGACGAUCUGUACAAACCAAUUUUGAAACCUCUUAUUUUAUCGUUGGAUGAGAAAAUCAGUGCUGGGAAAUCUGCAAUUACUUGGUUAUCUGUAAGAAUUGAUAGAUUUAUUGAUGAAGUCAUGAAGGCUAUCUAUUCAUUGGAAGAUACACUUGAAAAAGUGAACGAUAUUCUUUCGUAUAGAUUGAAGGCAAAUUGUGAUUCUAUUAUGAAAACCUUCCUAAUUUCCUUCUCCUCGGAUGUGAGGUCUAUUCAACAAUUUUUAUCAGACAAUGAAAAGUUUGCCAAACAAAUGGCUAUUGAAAUUGAUAUUAAGAAUCAAGAAAUAGAAUCAGCAGCCUCAGACCUUAUUGCUAUAAUUACACACAAAUAUUCUGAGGAAGAAAAGAUGGGAGUAGCUAGAGAGUGUAAAGUAUUCAAGAAUCAUUUCGAAGAGAGAAUGCUUGACUCGGUAUCUACUUGCCUUAGAGCAUCAGUUAAACAUUUGAAAGAUAGAAUCAGUCAAGACAAGAGAUACAAUGCCAAACCUGUUUUCAAUGUUCAAUUAGCCUUGUCGAUACCUAAUAUUGUAUUGCAACCAAGCUUAGAAGAAAUUCAAAAAUGUGUUAACAAGUGUGCCAGAAUUAUGCUUGAAUCCACUCAACACAUCUAUAGAUGGAACCAAGAAAAAGCCAAGGAAAAGAAGAGUAUUUUCUCUCAAAUUGGUGAAGAUAAGACUACAAUUAAGGGUUUCUUGCAAUUGACAGGUGCUAUUGCAGGUUUAUCAAGCAAACUUAACAUAUUCAUUACUAAAUUCCAACAAUACGACUUCCUCUGGAAGCAAGAUAGAAAUGAAGUAAUAACUUCCUUCAUUGAUGGACAAACAACAUUGGAUGAUAAGAAGAUACCACCAUCAUUGGACGACUUUGAAAGUAAGAUCAAACACUUUUCAUUGUUGGAAAAGGAAAUUGAUGACCUAGAACAAUAUCACCAAGAAGGAUCCCUUUUGGUAGAUUUAAAACCAAUCAAAAGUGCUCUUAAAGUUGAAGCUUCCCAAUGGAAGUUUGCAUACGGUCAAGCACUUAACACAAAGGCAAAAGCUGAAAUGGAGGAUUUACUUAGCUAUAUUGAAGAAACUACAAAUAAUUUGAAGAGAGAUGUUUCUGAUAUAGAAGGAAUUAAUGGUGUUAUGAUUGUUCUCAAUCAGUUAAGAGAAAGAGAAAGCACCUUCGAUUUGGAAAUCAAGCCAAUUAACGAAUCUUAUGAAAUUUUAAAGUUAUAUAACAUUAAAAUUUCUAAAGAAGAACUUGAACAAGUUGAAGAUAAUGGUAUUGAAUUUAAAUGGAAAGCUUUAAUUGCACUUUCAAGAGAAGUGAUGUCAAAAUUCCAAAAGAUUGGUCCUGGUUUCAGAAGAGACCUUGAACAAAAGGUUAAGCAAUUCAAGAAUGAAGUAUCAGAUUUUAAAAAACUUUACGAGGAACAAGGACCAAUGGAAAAGGGAAUUAAUCCUAGAGUUGCAAAGGCCAGAUUGACAUCUUUUAAGAGUGCCUUUGACGAAAAGCAAAGAAAAUGGAAAACAUACACCAUGGGUGAACGUCUUUUUAGAAUGAAAGAAACUGAAUAUCCAGAGUUGGUAAAAAUUAGCAAAGAAUUAGACUGGCUUUCUGGUCUCUACGAUCUUUAUACAGAAGUUAUUGUUACCGUAAAUGGAUUUGAAGACAUAACAUGGAAUGAAUUGGAUACAGAGGAAAUGACUAAUACUCUUAAUAGUUUCAAUAUCAAAUGUAAAAAUAUGCACCCAGCUCUCAGAAAAUGGGACGCCUAUAUUGAACUUAAAGAUACUAUUGAAAACUUCCUCAAUACUCUUCCAUUAUUAGAAAAGUUGAAUCAAACAUGUGUAACUCAAAGACAUUGGAAGCAAAUUUCUGAGUUGUGCAAGAAGACCUUGGACUACAAGAAUCCUGAAUUUAAAAUCAGAGAUAUUGUCGAAGCCAAGUUGGUAGAACACAAGGAUGAUAUCGAGGAAAUUGUGAAUGCAGCCAACAGAGAAUUAAACGUAGAGAAAAAGCUCGAAGAAAUCAAGGAAGAAUGGAAACUUAAAAAGUUUACUUUGGGAGACUUUAAAAAUAGAGGAAAGCUUGUUCUUAAGGAUACGCAAGAUUUGAUGCAGAGUAUUGAAGAUACUCAAUUGGCCCUUUCAACAUUAUUGGGUGAUCUUUAUAAUGAACCAUUCAAACCAGAAAUUCAGCAAUGGAUGGUAAAGCUUUCAGUCACUCAAAGCGUUGUUGAUGAUUGGCUUCAAAUUCAAUCACUCUGGAUUUAUAUGUUCUAUGUUUUCACAGGAGGUGAUAUUGGUAGAGAGUUACCACACGUAUUUAAAAGAUUCCAAAAUGUUGAUAGGUCAUGGGUCAAAAUUAUGUCUACAGCAGAAUCAGAACCAAAUGUUAUCAAACUUUGCUACAAUGAUGAAAUGUUAAGAGAUUUACUUCCUCACUUGAAGACACUAUUGGAAAAAUGUCAAAGAGAUCUUUCAGGUUAUUUAGAAAAGAAGAGAAUGUUAUUCCCAAGAUUUUUCUUCCUUUCUGAUAAGCAAAUUCUAGAAAUUUUAGGACAAGGAAGUGAUCCUUCAUCCAUUCAAAAGCACUUGCUCAGUAUUUUCUCUUCAGUUUCAGAGGUUGAGUUUGAUGCCAAGCACAAGAACCAAAUUAUUGCUCUCAGAUCUCCAGAAGGAGAAUAUGUACCACUUGUAGAACCUGUUAUUUGUGAGGAUAACAUUGAAGUGUGGUUGAAUAGAUUAGUAGCAGCAAUGCAAGAAACUAUUCAUGAACUAGCUAGAAAUAUGAGUGGAACUCUGUUAUCAGAUUUGUCUGUUGUUGAGAAUAACUCUCUCGGUAGAGAUAAACUCACCAAAUUUAUUGGUGACAUUCCUUGUUCCCAACUUGCAUUACUUGGUAUUCAAUUGUUGUGGACAUGGGACAGUGAAAUGGCUAUUAGAAAUUCAAGAGAGAGAAAUUCUCUUGCCAAUGCCAAUAAGAAAUUUACUACAAUUUUCAAUCACUUGGUUACUUUAACAACCAAUCCAAAGUUAACACCUCUCCAAAGAACUAGACUUGAAACACUCAUUACAAUCCAUAUUCAUCAAGUUGAAAUCUUCCAAGAACUUGUCAGGAAAAAGAUUAAAAAUGUCAACGAUUUUGAAUGGACAAAGAGAACAAGAUUCUAUUGGAAGCCAGAGCAAGAUAAGUGUGUAAUAUCAAUCACAGAUGUAGACUUUGAAUAUUGUAACGAAUAUUUGGGUUGCACUGAAAGAUUGGUCAUUACUCAACUUACAGACAGAAUUUACAUUUCUUGUGCUCAAGCUAUGGGAAUGUUUCUUGGUGGUGCUCCUGCUGGACCUGCAGGUACAGGAAAAACAGAAACAACCAAGGAUAUGGGUAGAACAAUGGGAAAGUAUUUCAUUACUAUCAAUUGUUCUGAUCAAGGUUCUGUACACUCUAUGGGAACUACAUUUAAGGGCAUUGCUCAAAGUGGUGCUUGGUGUGGUUUUGAUGAAAUCAACAGAGUUAAGUUGGAAGUUUUGAGUGUUGUUGCUGCUCAAAUUGCUUGUAUUUUUGAUGCUAUGAGAAACAGAGCAACAAGAUUUACUUUCACUGACGGCUCAGAUUUAAUUUUAGAUCCAACAUGUGCUUGCUUUAUUACAUUCAACCCAGGUUAUGCUGGUCGUACGGAGUUACCAGAAAAUAUGAAGGCACUCUUCCGAACUAUUGCUGUAGUUCAACCUGACAGAAGAAUUAUUAUGAAAGUUAGAUUAGCUGCCUCUGGAUUUUCUGACAAUCAAGGUUUAUCCAAGAAGUUCGACAUGUUAUACAAAUUGUGUGAACAACAAUUAUCCAAUCAAAACCAUUAUGAUUUUGGUUUGAGAAAUAUCUUAUCCGUUCUGAGAACUUGUGGCGUUUCUCUUAGAGCUGAAACUGAGAAAACUGGUAUUGACAAUAGAUCACCAAGAGAAGAAACCAAAGUCUUAAUGAGAGUCUUACAAGAUAUGAAUAAUUCAAAACUAGUAGAUGAAGACUCUACUCUAUUCAAAGAAUUAUUGAAAGAUUUAUUCCCAAAUGAGUCUACAGAUGAAUCUCCUGACGCAAAUAUGAAUGCAGCCAUUGAUUCUAUCAUUGACAAGAAUGGCCUGAUUAAUCACCAACCUUGGAAGCUUAAAAUUUUACAAUUGUAUGAACAAUACAAGGUAAGACAUGGCUUGUGUUGUAUGGGACCAAGUGGAAGUGGAAAAUCAGCAGCUAUUAACAUUCUUUGUGAGGCUCUUGGUAAAAUUGGAAUUCAAACAAAGAUUAAAAAGAUGAAUCCAAAGUCUAUUACCUCAGAACAAAUGUUCGGUACUCUCGAUAAGGGAACUAAUGAUUGGGCUGAUGGCGUUUUUACUUCCUUAUGGAGAGAAACAAUGGAAAAGAAGAAGGAAUAUUCAUGGGUAUUAUUGGAUGGUCCAGUUGAUACUAUCUGGAUUGAAAAUUUGAACACUGUUCUUGACGAUACUAAAUCUUUAACAUUAGCUAACGGUGACAGAUUGAACAUGCCAAAAACUUUAAAGUUGGUAUUUGAAGUUGGUAGCUUGGACAAUGCUUCUCCUGCUACUGUCUCAAGAAUGGGUAUGGUUUACAUUGGUUCUUCUAUUCUUGGAUGGGAGCCUCUUUUCCAAUCUUGGAUAAAGAAAAUCGGCAAAAGACCUUCUUCUGAGAUUGAAAAGUUGAAGUUCCUUUUCAACAAAUAUGUAAAUGAUAUUUUCCUAUUCAUUGAAAAUGAAUGUGCACCAUCAAUGUCAAAUGGUAAUGCAAACGUUAUUUCAACUACUUUGAAGAUAUUGGAUGGUUUGUUCACAAACUUUAACAGAAAAACUUUCCCUGAUACUAUGAUUGAAAGGUUCUUUAUCUUCUCUGUCAUUUGGGGUGUAGGAGGUACUUUAGAAACUGCUGAUAGAAUUAAAUUACAUACCUUCUUGGAAAAGGAAUGUAAGAUGAAUAUUCCUUCUAUGGACUCAAACGAUACAAUUUAUGAGUAUACCAUAGAUGAAAAUGGUGAUUGGAGAAAUUGGAAAUUCAAUGUGCCUGAAUGGACAUAUCCAACAGAUUUUGUUCCACUUUUCAAUUCCAUCUUGAUUCCAACUGUGGAUAAUGUAAGAACAGAAUUUUUAAUUAAUCUUAUGGCCAAACAAGAGCACUCUGUAUUACUUAUUGGUUCUAGUGGUACAGCCAAGACUGUUACCAUCAAAAAGUAUCUUAACGAUCUGGAUAAGAAUAAGUUUAAAAACAAAUUUAUUUCCUUCUCUAGUGCUACUACCACUGGUAUUGUUCAAAAUUCAAUCUUCACUUCUCUGGAAAAGAGAUUGAGCAAUAAGGUAUUUGGUCCUCCACUCGGAAGAAAAAUGUAUAUUUUCAUUGAUGAUAUUAACAUGCCAGAAAUCAACGAAUGGGGUGAUCAAAUUACAAACGAAAUUGUUAGACAAGUUAUUGAAGAUGGUGGAUUCUACUCUCUUGAUUCAAAUAAUCAAUGGUUGAAGAUUGUUGACGUACAAUUCCUUGCAGCAAUGAAUCAACCUGGUUUUGGUAAAAAUGAUAUUCCUGACAGACUCAAGAGACACUUUGCCAUUUUCAAUUUGACUGUCCCUUCAACCAAGUCCAUCGAUCAUAUCUUUACUACAAUUGUUGAAGGUCAUUAUUGCAAAGCUAGAAAUUUCUUGGAUGAAGUUGUUCAAUGUGCUUCUACUCUACCAGAGCUCACUAGAAAAUUGUGGAUCUCAACAAAGGAAAAGAUGCUUCCAACUCCAAGCAAGUUCCACUAUGUUUUCAACUUGAGAGAUUUGAGUAGAAUUUUCCAAGGUUUAUUAUUGGGUACCAAUGAAAUUAUCAAGGACCAUCUCGAUUUGCUUCACUUGUGGAAGCACGAAACUGAAAGAGUUCUUCAAGACAAAUUUAUUGAUGAAGCUGAUAGAGAAUGGUUCCAAACCACUUCCAAAGGUUUGCUCAAGGAACAUUAUAGUGAUGAUGUAUCCAGAGCAAUUAAAUCCAAGUUGUUUGUUGACUUUUUGAGAAAGGCUGAAUACGAAGAUGAAAAUGUUGGAGGUGAAGAGUUGGACUAUGAAGCCAAGCCAAUGAAUGAUGAUCCAAAGGUUUAUGAACCAGUUGAAGACUUUGGAAUUUUGUUCAAUAGAUUGGACGAGCUAUUACUUCACUACAAUGAAAAACACAAGAAGGAGCCACUUGAUAUUGUUCUCUUUGACUUUGCUAUUCUUCAUAUUACAAGAAUUUCCAGAAUUAUUAGAAGUGAGAGAGGUAACGCACUCUUGGUCGGUGUUGGAGGUAGUGGUAAACAAUCAUUGACUAAGCUUGCUUCCUUCAUUGCAGGAUACAAGACAUUCAAAAUUCAAGUUACAAAGAAUUACCACAUUCAAGCUCUAUUGGAUGACCUUAAGAAAUUGUACAAGAUUGCUGUGCUUGAAUCACCUGUUACUUUUAUUUUCACUGACAAUGAUAUCAAGGAUGAACAAUUUUUGGAAUACAUUAACAUGAUGCUUACAUCUGGUGAUAUUCCAGGUUUAUUCACAAAAGAAGAAAGAGAAAUGAUGAUUGGAGAGUUGCGUCCAAUUGCUGUUAAGAGUGAUCCUGCAUUCUUGGCAACUCCUGAAAAUCUUUUCAAUUUUUUCAUUGAUAGAGCGAGAGAUAAUUUGCAUCUUGUUUUGUGCUUCUCUCCUAUUGGUGAUCAAUUCAGAAAUAGAGCAAGAAAAUUCCCUGGUAUUAUUAGUGGAUGUACAAUCGAUUGGUUUGAUCCAUGGCCAAAGGAAGCUCUUAAAGCAACUGCUGACAAGUUUAUUGGUGGAUAUUCAUUGGCAACCUCUGAGACCAUCAAAAGUGAUCUUGUAUUAUUCAUGAAGGAUUUGCACUAUCGUGUCAAUGAAAUUACAGAGGAAUACUUGAACAAAUACAGAAGACAUACCUAUGUUACUCCAAAGACAUACCUUUCCUUCUUGAAUAGCUAUAGAAAAUUAUAUCAAGACAAGUUGCAACAAAUUGAAAGGAAGAGCAACAAUAUUGCAAAGGGUCUUGAAAAGUUGCAACAAGCUAAAGAAGAUGUCAGAGAGAAGGGUAAAGAACUCGAACAAAAGGAAAGAGAUCUUCUAAUUGCACAAGCAUCUGCACAAGUACUGGUUGAUAAAGUUCAAAAAGAAACCAAAGCAGCCGAAGAACAAGGAAGAGAAAUUCAAAAGAGAAAAGAAAAGCAAGAAAAAGAAGUCAAAGUGGUACAAAAGGAAAGAGAUGAAGUUACCAAAGACUUGAAGAAUGCAGAGCCGCAUCUUCUUGCUGCCGAAAGAGCUCUUAAUAACAUUACAAGUGCUUCGUUGAGUAAAAUCAAGAAGUAUCAAACUCCACCUGAGCCAAUCAUGAGAGUCAUGGAUACUAUUCUUGUUUUGAGAGGUUUGAAUAUUGAAAAGACUGAAAUAGAGGAAAGAUCAUUAGAUCCAAAGAAUCCAAGAAAGAUUUUGAAACCUUCAUGGAAGUAUGCAAAGGAAAUGAUGAACAAUAUUAACUUUAUGCAAAGCUUACUGAAGUUUGAUAAGGAUUCAAUCUCUGAUGAGCAGGUAGAAUUAGUAGCACCAUACAUGGAUGAUCCAACACUUACAGUUGACAAUGUCAAUAAUUCAUCUGAAGCUGCUGCUAGUUUAUGGGAAUGGGUACAAUCCAUGGUUAACUUCCACAAUAUUGCCAAAGUUGUUGAACCAAAACGAAGAAUGGUGGAAGAAGCAGAAACUAAACUUCAAAUUGCCCAAGCACAGCUCAAGGAAAUGGAAGACGAAUAUGAGGAAAAGCAAAAAGAGUUGAGAGAACUUCAAUUCCAAUUGGAUGAAGCCCUCAAACACAAGAAACAAUUGGAAGAUGAUGCCUAUCAAACCAGAAAACGUAUGGAGGCCGCAGAAGCCCUCAUCAAUGGUUUAUCUUCUGAAGAGGAAAGAUGGAGAAAGGAUCAAAAGCAAUUCCAAUUAGAUAUUCAUAACUUGAUUGGUGAUAUUGCGCUUGCAUCUGCCUUUUUGACUUACUCUGGUCCAUUCAAUCAAGAGUUCAGAAAUGUAUUGAUUGAAGACCUUUGCUUUAAUGAAUUUAGAAAUAGAGGUAUUCCAUUCUCUGAAAAGGUGAAUAUUAUUGACUUUACUACCCAUCCAACAGUAAUUGGUGAAUGGAGACUUCAAGGACUUCCUAAUGAUGACUAUUCAACUCAAAAUGCUAUCAUUGUUACCACUGGUUCCAGGUAUCCUCUUUUAAUAGAUCCUCAAGGACAAGGUAAGGAGUGGAUCAAGAAUAAGGAAUCUACAGAGUUAGUAAUUACCACCUUGAGAUCUGAUAACCUCAAAGAAGACUUGGAGAAGUGUGUAGCUACCGGUAAACCUUUGUUAAUUGAAGAUGUCGGUGAAGAGCUUGAUCCAAUAUUGGAUAGUGUUUUGGAUAUGCAAAUCAUCAAGAAAGGAAAACGUCCAAAAAUCAAAAUUGGAGAAAAUGAAGUCCCAUUUAAUGAAGACUUCAAACUCUACAUUACAACCAAACUUCCUAACCCAAGAUAUACUCCAGAAAUGUUUGCCAAAGUAUCAGUCAUUGACUUUACGGUCACUGCUAUUGGUUUAGAAGAUCAGCUAUUGGCUAUUGUUAUCAAUAAGGAAAUGAUUGAAUUAGAAGAAAAGCGUAAGACCUUACUGAAUGACAUUCAGGAAUGUAACGAAAUUAUGGAGCAAUGUGAGAAGGAACUCUUGGAAAAACUUAGUGAAAAUCGUGAGAAGAGUUUGGUUGAUGAUACUGAUUUGAUUGAUAUUCUUACCAAAACAAAAGAAAAGAACAGAAUCAUCAAGGAAAAGCUCAUGGUUAGUGAGGAAACAAACAAGAGUAUCCAAGAAGCUAGAGAAGAAUUUAGACCUGUUGCAACACGAGGAAGUAUUAUGUACUUUGUCAUUACCGAAUUGAGUCUCAUUAAUUGCAUGUAUCAAGUAAGCUUGAGUCAAUUCAUCAAACUUUUCAUUCAAGCCAUUGAUGAAUCUGAACAAGAUAGAAAUACAAAGGUCAGAAUUGAGAAUAUUAUCACCUUUGCAACAUACUUCAUCUACAAGUAUGUUCAAAGAGGCCUCUAUGAAAAGCACAGAAUUAUAUUUGCAUUAUUGUUGGCCCUUAAGAUUGAUUUGAAAAAACCAAAAUCAAAGGGUAGAGGUAUCACAGCAAAGGAAUUCAACUGUCUCAUCAGAGCUGGUAAUGCCCUCCAAAAGAGUGACGCUCCAAGAAUUCCAUUCUCUUGGAUUGAAGACAAGAUUUGGUUGAAUAUUUUCAGUUUGAGCAAGGCUGAUAUUCCUGAAUUCAAAUCCAUUCACCUUAUCAUUGAAAAUAACGAAGAUGAUUGGAAGAGAUUUUACUAUUCUGCUACACCUGAAAGUGAUCCAGUUCCAGAUUAUUCAUCUCUUAGUACUUUCCACAAGUUAUUACUAAUUAGAUGUUUACGUAUGGACAGAACUAUGAAUGCUUGCUCUACAUAUAUUAUUGAUACUCUUGGACAAAGUUUCGUUGACUCAAUCUCUUUGAAUUUGGAAGAGACUUGGAAAGAAACUUCUGCAAUAACACCAGUUGUAUGCUUGCUGUCUCAAGGUUCUGACCUUACUAAUUCUAUUGAAAAAUUAGCACUCCAUAUGAAGAUUAAUAUUGAUAGAGUUUCUAUGGGUCAAGGCCAAAAGGAAAAGGCUCAAGAAUUAGUUAAGAAUGCUAUUGCCAAUGGUGGCUGGGUUUUAUUACAAAAUUGUCACUUGGGCAUCGACUAUUUGGAAGUAUUGGAAAAGACCUUAAUUGAUCUCUCCAAAGAAGAUUGCUCUGAAAAGACAUUUAGAGUUUGGAUUACCACUGAACCAACACCACUUUUCCCAAUCAAUUUACUUCAAAUGUCAAUCAAGGUUACUGAUGAACCUCCAACUGGUAUCAGAGCUGGUUUGACUAAGGCUUAUAAUUGGCUGACUCAAGAAUCUCUUGGAGAAGUUCCUGAAAAUAGAAAGUUAAUCUAUAGUACCUGCUUCCUUCACUCAGUUCUAAUUGAGAGAAAGAAAUUUGGUCCUCUUGGUUGGUGUGUUCCUUAUGAAUUCAAUCAAUCAGAUUUAGAAUGUUCAAUCCACUUUUUGAUUAAUUAUUUGAAUGAAAACGAUAUCAAAAAGAUUCAAUGGAAUACCAUAAGAUACAUGAUUUGUGAUGUACAAUAUGGUGGUAGAGUUACAGAUGCUUUUGAUUCUGUAUUGCUUUCCAAGUAUGGAAACAAAUUCUAUGGUCCUCAUAUCUUCUCUAAGGACUUUGUAUUGUACAGUGAUAAGGAAAAGACUUAUGAAAUUCCAGACAGACCAAAGAUUGAUGACUAUCGUAAAUAUAUUUAUGAAAACUUGCCAUUGUUUGAUCCUCCAGAAGUCUUUGGCUUGCAUCAAAAUGCAGAAAUUGUUCACAAUGAACAAAAAGCCAACUUUGUUCUCAAUACUAUUCAAGGAAUUCAACCUAAAGAAUCCACUGCAGGCUCAGGAGAAACAAGAGAAGAAGCUGUACUAAAAGAUGUAAAGAAUUAUCUUGAAAAGAUUCCAGAAGAGUAUGAUACUAAGGAAUUGAAAAAGUUUUACAAGAAAUUAGAAACUCUCAAGAAGGACAGUGGAGGUGCAAACAAUCCAAUGAUUAUCUUCCUCAAACAAGAAAUUGACAGAAUGAGGAUAGUUUUGAGAUUGGUGAGAAGAAACUUGCAAGAUUUGAGUCUUGCCAUUGCUGGUACCAUUGUCAUGAGUGCAGAACUACAAAACAUUUUUGAUUCACUCUAUGAUGCCAAAGUUCCAUCACAAUGGCAAAAGGUUUCGUGGGAAUCUCAAAAGUUGGGUGUUUGGAUUGAACAAUUACAAAAGAGACAUGAACAAUUUAUGAACUGGCUUCAAAAAGGUCAACCAAAGUUAUUCUGGAUUUCUGGUUUCUUCAAUGUUGCUGGUUUCUUGACUGCAGUCAAACAAGAAUCAACAAGAAAGCAUGCUGGUUGGUCUCUUGAAGCAGUAACUCUCAAGACUGAAAUCACAACAAAGGAUGCUCUCAAGGAUUCUAUCAAUGUACCUGAUGAUGCAGAAGGAGUAUUCGUUUAUGGCCUCUAUCUCGAAGGAGCUAUCUGGGAUAAGAAAACAAGACAAUUGGCAGAUGUUCCAGCAAGUGAAUUGGGUCUUGUACAUGAUUUACCUGUCAUUCACCUCUCUGCCAACUCUCCAAUGCAAGGAAGUGAAACUAUGGGACCUAAAGAAUAUGUCUGUCCCGUCUACAAGAAUCCAGACAGAACACAAAGAAAUUACAUCUUUGAUUUGCAUAUCAAGACUCCUGAUGAUCCAAGCAAGUGGACUUUGAGAGGUGUUGCAGCUCUCUGCUCCAAACAAUAAUAAAAUAUCAAUUCCAAAU